AACUGUUCACAGCAAUUUCAGACAAAGGAAUUUUCUUUUUAGUCAUAAUGAAACGUGCUUCGUUUUAAUCAAAAGUGUACUUUUUCUGUUCAAAUUUUCUUUUCUCUUUAUUUUGCUGGCAUUUCAUUUUAUUGUAUCGUGCACCAAAUCGGUUUUAUUAUGACGUAUAACAAUGGAAAAAUACAAGUGGAGAAAAAAGGGAUAACGUUUGGUGAAAAAUUAAAUAAUGGAUACAAUCCAAUGAUUGAAGGUGUACGUUGGACCGAUCGCUAUGCUAUGCAAUUAGAAAAAAUUUGGCAAUAUAUUCCAAAUUGGUUGGGUCAAAUAUUUGUCGCUAUCGCUGUAUUUAUAUUUGCCUCUGGCAUACAAGGUGACUGGAUAUCGAUUGUUGUACAUUUGUUCAAGCAUAUUGAACUACACAAUCAGAAUUAUGUACAAAACGAAACAGCGGCAGAGUCGAGUGGUUGGUGGACCAAAGAUAAAAAUGGUUCACUGUUAUUUUUUAUGACUGUUGCAACAACGUCAUCAUACGCCAUUUAUUUUGGAAUCGGUGGAUUUUUGCAUUGGUUCUAUUAUGUACGGCAACGCGAUAAAAGUCACGAAUGGAAAUGUCAGCCCGAGAAAUUUAUGUCACCAGAAUUGGAGCGUCAUGAAAUAAUGAUUGGAUCAUUGUCGUUGAUGGUUGUAAGCAGUAUGUCUGGUAUCAUUUCUUGGUAUGCGGCUAACGAUGGAAGAUACUUAAAAUUAUAUUAUCGUCUUGAUGAAUAUGGAUAUGUUUGGUUAUUCUUACAAGCUCCAAUUGUGUUCAUGUAUCAAGAUUAUUUGACGUAUCUCACACAUCGAUUCUAUCAUUAUCCACUUAUGUAUAAAUGGUUUCAUAAAUUACAUCACAAAUAUAAGCAACCAACAGCAUUUUCUGUGUCGGCCAUUCACCCGGUGGAAAUACUGAAUGUACAAUUAAUUUUAGCAUCACCGAUGCUUUUGGUUCCAGUUCACUGGAUUUUAUUCUACAUUAUUCUUUUCUAUACUUACUAUCAUGGAAUAAUUGAUCAUUCUGGAAUCACAUUCAAAGCAUAUUGGUGGCAACCAUGGCAACCGGAUGCUAUUUUUCAUGAUAAUCAUCAUCAGUAUUUUCACGUAAAUUAUGGAUUUAAUAUAUUCAUUUGGGACAAGGUAACUAUAGAUACAACAAUUAUACUACCCAAGGAACAAUUGUAAGCGCAAAUCACCCAUUACCAGGCCCAAGUUUACGGUCGAAUUUGGGGUAGCAUUCGUGUGUAGUUUCAGUCAAUUUUACCGUCGCAAUGGAAAGAAAAAAAGAAAAGAAAGCACAAUUCAAUUAGACUGAUAUGAAAAAAAUUGACUUGAUUCAUAAUCAUCAUUAUGCUAUUGUAUAUGCAAUAGACUCCACUUACCGAGUACAAUUUAUACCAAGAGGUACUCGUACUUUGGCAAGGCCACAAUUUAAUCAAGCCUAGCGAACUAACAAAUAAUUGUUAUAAACUAAUUUCUAAAUUUAGUAUUGUUUGAAUGUUGUUGAAUGAGGGCUGCUACUACUGCGGCUGCAGAUGUCCAUUGUUGACAUUCUGAUUCUGACCUCGAUACAACGGCAAUGGCUGAUUGUUGUCAACACGGCGUGGUCUCCGUACAUUUGGAUGAAUUGUCCGCUUGAACACCACGCAUUCACCUACCGAAUGAUACAUAACAAAAACACAUUACAUGUAUAACAAUUGCUUCAAAAUUUGUAUCAAUUUCAAUUGAUUGCAUACCUUUGUAGAGGAUCAGCUUCGCUGCUGCGAUAUCACGGUGCCAUACAGUUGUGAGCGUUGGUUGUGCUCCGGCAGCUCCCUCGAUUUCAACGUUUGCAACAUUUGGUAGCCAUAUUUUGAAGAAGCGUUGCUUCUUUGACACCAAACGACCUGCAUUCGGUCCAUCUCGAAGAGUUGCAGCAAUGACAUCGCCUAUAUCACGCAUCUCGCGCCACAUUCGUUCAAUUGUUCGUCGCAUUUGUAGUAAUCGUUUGCUCACAUUGGUUACGAUGGUUCGUGGUAGUCCAACAAUUGGAUUUGGUACACAACCCACACAUUUCUUGUAUCGAUCACGUCGAGUUUCUUGUGGAAAUCGUUUGAAACACAAUGGACAAUGUUGUGAUGUCAUGUACUCAUCGACCAUUCGAAUGAUGCAAUUGCCACGUUUCAUAAUGGCCGCAAGCAGCUUCCGUGUGCCUGGACAUCGCACAUGUUUCUUGAUCUUAAUCGGCGAAUUAGCUGGUGUUGAUCCGCUGGCUCCCAUGUAGAAAAUUGAUGGUUGAUUGUGAACCAUUUUGCAUGCCGUUUUGUCGAUUGCACGAACCGAUUCGAUAUGCUUGUCCAGUCCCAAGCGUGCAUACUGUUUGGUUGAGUAUGUUUCAAUGCCAUCAUUCAUUACACGUAAUCGAUGUUCAAUGUACGAACGCCAUGAUGGUCCUUUUGGCGAUGGCAUUUCACCAAUCAUAGCUGCAAUUCGAUUACGAUCGGCUUGCUCUUCGAAAGUAAACAAUCUUGUGAUUCGUUCGGCUUUUGCAUUACGUCGGCCUUGUUUCGCAUCCCAGUGAUAUCGCUUGCUGGAUAUACGCAAAUUCACCUAACAAAAUGAAAACAACAAAAACAACAUUGUAUUCACAAUCACAAUCGCUUUCAUUCAUUAUUAAAUGACAAAUUUACCUCUUCUUUGGUAUGCAAAUCUCGUCGUACGGAAGCGUUCCACGUUCGCAUACCCGGAUCACAUCCAACAGCAUAUUUCAACUCAUUGCUGUCAUACAUUGCCUUGAUUUCGUCAUCUGUUGUCUCGACUGGUGGUACUUUCGGUUUUUUGUACAUCAACGAUACAGAUACGCCAUCGGAACAAAUUUGAGAAUCGAAUUCCUUUUUGUUGUGCACAAGUUUGAGAAUUUUCUCCACAUCGAAGAAUAAAUUCCAACUUAGGAUUUUAUUUGUGCGGAAUUCGUUGCUCGUGAU